AAGCUUCCCCAUCUCAACCUCGAAGAAUCGUCGAUCCUCAUAUUCUAGUAACAGUACUGUACUCUUCCUUUGCUUGCUAUGGGAAUCCCCAAGUUUUUCCGUUAUAUUUCUGAACGGUACCCGCUUACCUCGCAGCUGAUUGAGGAGAACAAGAUUCCCGAAUUCGACAAUCUCUAUCUCGAUUUCAAUGGAAUCAUUCACAACUGUUCGCAUCCAAAUGAUGAAGAUGCGCACUUCAGGAUGUCCGAAGAACAAAUAUUCACAGCAAUAUUUGCAUAUGUAGACCUGCUGUUUGGUAAGAUAAAGCCGAAGCAACUUUUCUUUAUGGCAGUGGACGGCGUGGCUCCGCGGGCGAAGAUGAACCAGCAACGAAGUCGAAGGUUUCGCACUGCGAAGGAAGCAAGGGAAGUCAGAGAGAUGGCAGAGGCGAAAGGAGAGAAACUACCCGACGAGAAAGCUUUUGAUAGUAAUUGUAUUACACCAGGUACUCCUUUCAUGGCCAGGCUAUCCGCGCAGCUACGCUACUUUGUCAACAAGAAGAUUACUGAAGAUGCCAAUUGGCGUGGCGUGCAAGUUGUAUUAUCCGGUCAUGAAGUACCGGGUGAAGGUGAACACAAGAUCAUGGAAUACAUCCGACUUUCGAGAGCCCAACCUGAUUAUAACCCAAACGUCCGGCAUUGUCUGUACGGUCUUGAUGCUGACCUCAUUAUGCUUGGCCUUUUGAGCCACGACCCACACUUCUGUCUCUUGCGAGAGGAAGUAAAGUUCGGGCCUGCCGCGAAGAAGAAGGGUAACAUCAGUCUGGAGAACCUUAACUUCUACCUUCUGCAUCUCUCGCUGAUGCGUGAAUACCUGGACCUUGAGUUCCGUGAUAUCGAACACACUCUCGCAUUCGAUUACAGUCUAGAGCGAGUCAUUGAUGACUUUAUUCUACUGGCCGUCUUCGUCGGAAACGAUUUUCUACCAAAUCUUCCGGAUUUACAUAUCCACGAGAACGGAUUGGAACGCCUGUUUGAUGUGUACAAAAAGGUUUUGCCGUCGCUGGACGGCUAUAUAAACGAGAGUGGGGUUAUCAAUACCGAGCGACUGCAAGUCGUCCUGGACGAAAUGACCAUAUGGGAGCGAGAGAUAUUCGAGAAAGAAUACGCAGACUCAAAUUGGUUCAAGGGCAAGCGGGGCAAACACGUCCAAGAAAUGGAUCUUGCGCGCAAGCGUGCUAAGCUUGUUCUGACGCGGCCUCAACGAGAUAUUUUUGAAUCAGUACAACAGUUUGUCGUGCAAAAUCGCAAGAAAUCGUCACAACACCGAACGCCAGCCCUGACAAUGCCCAAUACGUUCCCUGCCCGGGAACGGAAGUUCAUCAGCACCCUGGCGGGGGAGUUGCAUCUGUCUGUUACGUGGGAUGAGUACGACGAAGAGGACCAGAAUCUUGUCACAUUCCGACUCCCCGGAGUUUUGGACGAGCCCUCACCAGAACCUGAUGCCGAGCAGGUUAAUGGCGAUGGAAAUAGUGACGGCGAGUGGGAAGAUGUUGAUGAGGAUGAAGAAGGCAGGGCUGCGGUGGAUCGGGUGUUGAAGAAAUUUGACAAGGCUCCUGUGAUGGAUGAUGACGACGGAGGAGGUUUUGACGCUCGACAUGAACAAUCCAUCAACGACAAAAUGGCGGAAUGGAAACGAGGAUAUUACAAGGAGAAACUUGGAAUCUCCUAUGAUGACCCCGAAGAGAUGCAUGACUUGAUAUACCGCUAUACAGAGGGUCUACAAUGGGUUAUGCACUACUAUUACAGUGGGAUCGCCUCCUGGGGCUGGUUUUACAAUUACCAUUAUGCACCACGGAUAUCUGAUUUACGUGGCCUUGGCGACAUGUCGUUCGCAUUUGAGCUGGGCAAACCUUUCCAUCCUUUCGAACAAUUGAUGGGCGUUCUCCCCUCCGCGAGUAUGGAUCACAUUCCGCAAGCAUAUCAAGACCUAAUGUACGAUCCAAAUUCACCGAUAUUGGACUUCUAUCCUCUCGAAUUCGAGCAAGACUUAAAUGGAAAGAAACAAGAGUGGGAAGCAAUCGUCAAGAUUCCUUUCAUUGAUGAGGAGCGCUUGUUACGAGCAAUGAAUUCCCGGGCACAUCGGCUAACUCCAGAAGAACGCCGCCGCAAUGACUUCGGAACCAGCACCAAAUUUUCCUUCAAUGCUGGAGAGUCCACCGUCUAUCCUUCAUCGUUGCCAGACUUCUUCCCUCCCAUAUAUCGUUGCACGUGCAAGAUGGAAUCCUUCGAUCUCCCAACUCUUGACGGCCUCCAUCUCGUGCCUGGACUAUGUGAAGGUGUAUGCCUCGGCGCAGAGGCUCUCGCUGGAUUUCCCUCCCUCGAUACAUUACCACACACGGCGCAACUAGGUUUUCAUGGCGUCAAUGUACACGGUUCCGAAAGCCGGAACAAAUCAAUGGUUGUUCACAUCCAAAAUCCUCAUGAAAACCGCAAGGUAGAGGAUAUCGCUAACGAAAUGGUUGGCAAACGCACUUUCAUCGGUUGGCCCUUCUUACAAGAGGGGCUAGUCACUGCCGUGUCCGAUUCGUUGUUCAAGUACGAGAAGUCGGUAAUCGUGCCUGGUACCCCAGCAAAGGUUGUUUCCAAUCCGCAUUUUAAUCAGGGCUUGAGCCAUUGGAAGGGCAGAGCUGAGCGGAUUGAGUCAGUAUAUUCGAAGAGAUGUGGAGUAAUCACUGGUGACGUCGAUGUCCUAGUGCAUGUCCGUCCGCUAAAAGGUUUGAAGCGCUUGGAAUCAGGCGCAUUAAUCAAGGACUACGAAGGACCCGACAGAGAGCUGGAACAAGCUGUCCAGAUGGUCAUCUCAGAAAUUGCAUCUGAAGAUCCCAGGUUCCUCGAGAAGGACGCCCCACCCCUGUCGGAGGAAUUCCCUGAUGGAACGAACAUUUUCUUCCUGGGCGAACACGCUUAUGGCGUGGCUGCCCAGGUAUCUUCAACCACCGACAGCGCGUUGUCUGUUGUCUUGGCAUUUUUCCCCUCAGAUAAAACGGAGAACAACAGGUUCAAGACUGUUGUUGACAGUCGUAUUUCCCAGCACUAUUCUCCUUCGUUCAAAGCAGCUUCGGCAAUCGGAAUGUCACCCAGAGCGCUCUCUAAGAUCACAUCAAGCUUCAUGGUCCUCACCUCCGAUCAUCAAAAGAACAACCUCGGACUAAGCAUCAAAUUCGAGGCUAAAAGCUUGAAGGUUAUCGACUACUCGCGGAAGGCUGGUCGCUAUUGGGAGUUUAGCGAGAAAGCAGUUGACCUCAUUCGCGAAUAUAAGGAUAAAUACCCUGAAAUAUUUGCGACUCUGGACCAAGGGGGCGACGAUAUGGCCCGCGCUACGGACAUCUUUGACGCCCACGCUGAUGCUAAGGUGAAGGAGGUAAAGUCUUGGCUUAAAUCAAAGGGCGUCCGAGAUCUUGAGCCAGUCUCCCUCUUUUCGGACAACUUAGCGAAGAGUACUGUCAAAGAAAUUGAAGAGGUUGCUGACGACAUCAAUAAAAACAGGUCAAAAGCGGGAAUCAAGAAAGCCAUAGUAAAGAACAUUCCUCGCCAUGCAGUUCUGAAACCGUCACACGCUAUCUAUCGGCUCCAGAACCAGCACUUUGCCUUGGGAGACAGGGUUACUAUGGUCCAAGAUUCAGGUGGAGUUCCGUUGUCUGCGAAGGGUGUCGUCAUUGGGUUGAACACGAAAUCGAUGGACGUCGUGUGGGAUGUGCCAUUCAUGUCUGGUACGACGCUUGGGGACAGAUGCUCCCAGUAUCGAGGCUCAACUGUGGAGUUCAAUUCAUGUCUAAACCUAAGCAACCCCCAAUUUAUCGCCUCUACUUCUCCUGGCUCAAAUUAUCCUCCUCGCCCAAAUGUUCCUUUCAAACCUCGAUUUGGCGCGUAUCCAGUCAUUCAGUCUGCUCCUGGACAUCAAGCUGUUGCCGGAUUCCGUUCUGCUACACAGAGUCAACGCCAGCCAGCUGUAGCAAUUAUGUCCAAUCCAAACAGGGGCCGUGGCGGGUCUGUCACUCGCGGAGCUCGUGGAGGCCCUCCUUUCAAUGGUCAUGCAGGUCCACCAAAUGGGCGGGGUGGACCUCCAGCUAAUAGUCGUCCUGUACCAACAGAAGGCACCUCGCGAGGGGAAGCUUCCGGAUCGAAAUCGCAACCUGUCAUGACCGCUGACAACCAGCCUCCCUCUCACGACAAUGGUGCACCAAGCAGAGGCGUUCAUCAACAUCCCAGAGGUGGUUUCCGAGGACGAGGGUUUGGGCCGCAUAUUGACCGAGGGCGAGGAGGAAGGGGUUACCGAGGACGAGCACGUGGAGGUGCUUUCGUUACCCCCGUGGAGUCUUCAUGAGCGUCGUGUAUUUUUCACCCACUUAUCUGUAGCCUUGCUGUAGCUCUCGCGUAGUUUGAUUUCUUCAUUGUUCUCGCAGUCAAGGCCGAGGU